AUGGCUUUCAGACCUUCUUCGAAUGCGGCCUUGUCCCGACUGAUAAGACCGUCCAUUUCCCCAGCUCACCCCAGCGGUCUCCGAUACUAUUCAGCUCCAAUUGACGGCACUAUUCCCGCAGCAAAACAAAAGUAUGUGCCAACGAGCGGCACAUACCCCAGAGGCUUCAUUGUCUCUGGAACUCACGUUGGAGUGAAGCCUACGAAUAAAAGCACACCAGACCUGGCAUUCCUUGCUUCGGAGACACCAUGUGCUGCCGCAGCUGUAUUCACGAAGAACAAGUUCCAGGCCGCUCCUGUAACUGUUAGUAGGAACAUGUUGAACAGAAGAGGAAAUACUGGGGUUCGUUCUGUUAUUGUGAAUUCGGGAUGUGCGAAUGCUGUGACUGGAAAGGGUGGGAUGGAAGAUGCUGAGAAGAUGGGCGCUGAGGCAGACAGAUGUUUCGACCAGCCGACAGAUGGUAAAGGAGGAAGCAGCAUAGUGAUGAGCACAGGAGUAAUUGGCCAGAGGUUGCCUAUUCAAAAGAUCUUACAGCGAAUACCUUCAGCUUAUGAUGCUCUUGGAUCAUCACACGACCACUGGUUAGCUGCUGCCAGAGCUAUCUGCACAACCGAUACCUUUCCGAAGCUGAUAUCUCGAACGUUUUCCCUACCAUCCUCUCCCUCUGUCGAAUAUAGGAUAGCAGGCAUGACAAAGGGAGCUGGCAUGAUUCAUCCAAAUAUGGCAACACUGCUAGGAAUGAUCGCUACGGAUGCUCCAAUCGCCCCAAAACUUCUACCAACUCUCCUCAUAAAGGCUGUCAAUAAGUCUUUCAAUAGUAUAUCCAUUGACGGCGAUACCUCUACAAACGAUACGGUUGCAGUCCUGGCAAAUGGAGCUGCUGGGGGACAGGAAAUUGCAUCGGCAUCAUCAGAAGACUAUGCCGCGUUCCAGGAGACUUUGACUGACUUUGCCACUGAUCUUGCUAAACUCGUGGUUCGAGAUGGCGAAGGAGCAACCAAGUUCGUUACCAUCCGAGUGACCGAAUCACCUUCUGAGAUCGGAGCUCGAAAGAUUGCAAGUACUAUUGCAACUUCGCCUUUGGUCAAGACGGCUCUGUACGGGAAAGAUGCCAAUUGGGGGCGUAUUCUGUGCGCUACUGGAUAUUCUCAAAUUUCUGAGCCUGGUCAACCAAUAAAUGAGGUUGCUGAGAUUGUACCAGAAAAGACUAGCGUCUCUUUCAUUCCAUCUGAUGGCUCCCCUGAGCUAAGAUUGUUGGUCAAUGGUGAGCCAGAAGCUGUGGAUGAAGCACGAGCUUCGGAGAUAUUGGAGCAUGAGGAUCUGGAAAUUCUAGUCAAGCUAGGUGGUGGAACGGAAGAAGCCACUUACUGGACUUGUGAUUACAGCCAUGAAUAUAUCACGAUUAAUGGGGAUUACCGAACAUAG